CAAUCAGUGUGCCACAGUGGCCAUGGACCGCCGCUUUGCUUUGUCCAGCCCCGCGGGCAAGAGCUUGGUGCCGUUGUCACGGGACGAUGCGCGACUCGAUCCGUUCUUGGGCUGCACCAUCCGCAAGAUCUUUGGGUCACAGUGGUACUAUGGCCAGGUGAUUGCCAUCGAUGUCGAUGUGGCUUCGGGCGAACGGGCCUACCACAUCGCCUAUGAGGAUGGUGAUGAAGAGCAUUUGAGCAGCUCGGAAGUGAGGAACUUCGUGGUCAUGGCCAGCCGAUCGGCGCCACCUUCUGAGCCUGGCUCGCCGCGACGGUCUGUGGUGCCCAGCCACCGUCCUUCCAUUGCCCGCACGGAGGCCCCACGGCCUUCCAUUGCACCAACCAUCAGUCAGCCGCCAGCCCCCGCGGCCAGCUUCGGACUGAGCGACAGCGUGAAGCCCAGCUUCAGCUUCUGGGGAUCCAUGCUGCUAGCGGGCUUCACCGGAGCUUUGAUGGUGGCUCUGGUGUCCUCCUUCCUGAGUUUCAUGAUGAGUUCGGGUGAUUUGGUAGAUGGAGUGGGGACAAGGAUGCCAAUGCCUGUGGGGUUGGUUGCACCGUUGCCACCUUGGGCAGAGGUGGAGACCCAGCUGCGCAUCCCCAAGUUGAGCCCCGGUGGAAACGCUCCGAUGGAGGACUUGGCCCCUGCGCUGAGGGAGGAACUUCAGGAGAAGCCAGAGGCAGAGGUGGCCAACGAUCCUCCGACCCAGCCUGAAGAGACCUUGGAGACCUCUGAGGUGGAAGUGGGUCCCUUGCUGCUGUGGAUGGAUUUUGAAGGAACAUCCCCAAAGGCUGAAGAAUUGCCAGAACCAGUGGAGAAGCCAUCGAAAGCUGAAGAUGACAAGGAUGAUGACCAGUUCAGAGACGAGCAACCAGGAACUCAACUGAUGGAUGGUUCGGCCCUUGAGGAGGAUUUGUCCGUGGCAGUGGCGGCUGUGAUGGACGCUUCGGGCCUGGUGGUGCGGGUUGUUGCCAAGAGCUUUUUCCGCAGCUUGGAAGAGGCUCCAGGGCUUGGUCUGGCACUGGAUCCUCAGUGCUUUCUCUUCGAGCCUCAGUGGAGCUUCCUGGACAGGCGUUUGGGUGCUGAGACCAUUGAUUCGCCUGCUCCGCCUGCUCCAGCUGUACCUGAACCGGAAGAGGCACCUGCUGCCCUGCAAUCCUUGAUGACCACAAUCUUGGUGGCAUGUGCUGGGGUCAUCACCAUUCUGGUGAACAUUCAUCCACCGCCCUCAGUUGCUCAGGUGCCAGCAAUUUGUGCCAGCAAUUACUGCAUUCCAACCUCGAUGCCUCUGUGCCAUGGCCACUUGGCCGUUGAGCUAUGCUGUCAUCAGGAGCUUCAAGAUGUGGUGCACAUCCACGAGGCCAAGACGGUGCUGCUGCCAUACCAAGCGCCCUCACCGAGGCCCAGCCCAGCAGCGCCCUUUCCAUCCCCUCCACCGGCACCUUUGCAACAGAUGCAAAAGGCACAGGUGGCAGCUACGCCCUUGAAAUCUGUCACGGGUGGAGCCAGGACCUUGAUGUCAAUGAUGGGACGUACUCCUCCGGGUGGCACAACCCUGCCAGUGGCAGCUUUGAGUGAAAGACGACCACCACCUCCACCGAAGAGCCUCACAGUAGGGAGUGAGAAUAUGCCCCCUCGAAACCAGGAGGCACACUGUGCGCGCUGCGCUAGUGCCAUGCCGGCAGAUGCCAACUUUUGCAGAUACUGCGGGCAGCAGCGUGGGAAGAAAGUGAUACAGGUGAAGGCAGCCACCCCGCCACGGGCCACGGCGGCCCCGGCGGCCCCGGCGGCCCCGGCGGCGCGGCGGGAGACCUCCCGAGAACCCAGGGAGGCGGGCAGGGCCAAGAGUGGUCUCAUUGUCGACAAGCCGCGCUUCCGCUAUGGCAGCGGCUUGAAGAAACUCAAGGAAAUGGGCUAUGGAGACACCGAGGAGCUUCGCAGUAUCCUGACCAAGUGCAGUGGCGAUUUGAGUGCUGCCUUGCGGAUGAUCAACGGUUCAUCACCGCUGAUUCGGGCAUAG